GAAAUUUCUUUAAAUAUACAUGUCUCUUCUUAUGACAUGGACCCGGACAUGGCGUGCAUAGGCAGGAAACGGUUUCUGGAUGCCGGGGAGUCGGCAUUCCGCGAUACAAAGCGAAGACUGAUUGAAAAUUUCACGGAUCUCCACAUCGGUGCUGGAGGCCCGGGGUAUACAAGCAAAUCCAUGUUUGAGAGCGAGUAUCUGAACUCUGCGCCGCAACACAGCCCAGCAAGCGACCGGGUCGUGAUAUCCAACAUUGACCAGUUCCUGAGAGAGAACCCAGACCCUCUGGAAGGCGAGAAGGUGGACCUUUCGAAUGUGGACCUGAACAAACUAAUCAUACCAAACGUGGCGGAAGGCCGGCGCGUGAACGAGCUCAGUGAGCUAUACGAUCGAUAUGUGCGCAGUCAAGGUGCUCUCGUCAAAUACUAUAAUCCCGAAAUGCUCACAUACUCGCGAUAUAUAGACUCCAAGGACCUCAAGGGAAAGAUUGAGGAGCUUGACAGCGACGACGAAGAUACGCAGGUCGCACAGGACGAGGACGUGGAGAUGGAGAUCGACUAGCUGCUAUUCUCUGCAUCCAAGCUAGACACUCUUGCUAGUGUGCUGGUCAGUUUAAUUCGGAUGGCAGGGUCUUGAGUGACCUCAGCAAUCACCUCCCGUGCCUGGUUCUCAAGAUCGCGGAGAGCUUCGCGGCAGUACUCGAAACUAUUAGUGGAUUUCAUGAUGUUAAGGGCAUGCAACUUGAGUUCGUGUUCCUCGGUGCGCAAUUUCAGUAUUCUCUGUAGCUCCCUAUUGGUUGGGUUUGCAUUGAUUGAAUGAAUAAUGGGGAACGAGAACUUCCCCUCGGUAAUAUCUUCGCAAUAUCCCUUAUUUUUGUUGUAGACGUUGGAUAUGAGGUUCAUGUAGUCGUCUUUGAUCUGGUAGAUCACUCCGAGCAUGUUGCUUAGCGCAAUGAGUUUGUCGCAAGGCUGAUCAGCCAGCAGGUUCAUCAACUUUGCGCUCAGCCUGAACAAUCCUCCCGUCUUGUUCAUCACCAUAUUGACAUAUUCUUUCUCGGACGGACACUCGUUAUUUUCUCGCCAGUGAAGAUCGAGACCCUGGCCCCGGUGCAGAUUGGUCAUUUCGUCCAGAAAGAUAUUCUGUGCCGCAAGCCUUUUGUCUUCGUUUUCGAUGGCAUCUGUCAGCAGGCGCAUCGCCACAAAGUACAUGUAGUUGGCGCAAUUGAUGGUCUGGGGAACACCAAAAAUCAUGUGGGCGCACGGCCUGCUACGCCGAAGCUUUGAGUUGUCCUCAAUGUCGUCGAUCAGUAAAGACGAAAGGUGCAAUGUAUCGAUCACAGCCUCGAUCUUUUCCAGUUUCUCUGCCGGCACAUUAAGCACCAAGUUGAACGUUCUGAUCAACAGGCUCCUCAGAUGCUUUCCCUGGGUCUGGUCCGCAAGAUAGUGGUACGGUGUGGUGAGUGUUUUUUCAUUUUCAUUGCUCCAGGAGGGAGAGGAGGGAACAAGGAGCAUUGUAGGAAAAAAAGAUCAAAAUAAAAUCAAAAUUAAAAAGUUUCAAAAAAUAAAUCCACAAAAUGGAACACAUGCCUGUCCAAUGGCUGAUGGAAGUGCCGAUUGUCACUCGGAUGCUUACUAUCGGCAUAGUUGCCGUCUCGCUGAUCAACUUUGCCGGCUUUGCGUCCGAAAGAGACCUUGUCUACACUUAUGAGGACGUGUUCAUCCGCGGCCAGUUCUGGCGAAUACUGACGUCUCUGCUGUAUUUCGGCCCGUUUUCGUUCAACGUUCUGGUAAUAUUAUACAUGUUUGUGGGGUACUCCAAGUACCUUGAAAACUCGUUCCAUCGCACAAAAGACUUCAUCACGUGUCUUGCAAUCCUGAGCUCGGGGCUCUUUAUGUUCAGCACCUACGUCCACCCACUAUACAGAAUCGGUGAACAUCUCAUGGACACAAUGCUUUACAUCUACUCUAGGCGCAACCCGACGGACGGACUGCAAAUUCUCGGCAUCUACCGCUUCAACGCCAUCUACCUACCUGUGAUGUUCACAGUGCUGUCCGUGGUCAGAUACCAUCCUAUGCACGGAAACAUGCGUACGCUGCCGCUCACAUGGUUCUACGAGAACGUGUUCAGCUUUGUGUGGGGUCACGUCUACCUGUUUCUCUGCGACACGGCUCCCAAGCUCCACCGCCCUGCCCCUGCCGGUGCACGGGUGUGACUUAUCGGAGGGUGGGGCCCACAAGCGGAAAUUGGAACCGCAGCCGAGAAUUUUUAUAAAUCGCCUACCACCGCGACUUGAGCACAAACCAUCAAUAUGUCAUUUCUGGGAGGAUCGGAGUGUGCUGCCAACGCCAAUCCACUGGCGCAGUUUUUCAAGCAGUCGCAGCAUGAUACGUCGCUCGAGCAAUCGCUCCGCAACAGCGCUCACGAUACCCAUCAAAAUGCCCAAAUCAGAGCACCCGUGGCUAUGAACGAGGCCGAAAGGGCACACAUGGAGCAGUUUAUGAACCAGAGCACGCCGUUCAACUUUCAGCCGAUGGCCAAUGAGCUGCGCAUGAUCCAGCCGGACCUGCAAACGCAGACCACCCCUGCUCUGAGGGGUCCGCGCGCGCAGAACCCAGUGCCCUUGCAAAUUCCAGGACAAGCUCAGCCGCAAGUUUCUGGGUGGUCGUCAGAGUUCCAGAACACGGCCACGUCUCAGGUUACACACAGUCCGUCUCCAGUCAGCCAGGUUCGGAUGAGAUCGAUGGGGAUGGCUCCACGGUUGCACUUGAGGCCCUUUAGUUCUGCGAAUGGGCCAAUUCAGGCCAGUAGCAUGACAAACAGCGUGAUGCAGGAGGACACAAGCCAGCAGGUGGACUGGGAGCAGCAAUUCAAGGAGAUGGAGGAGAUGGAGGAGAUGGAAGAGGCAACAGCCGAGAUGCAGCAGCCGGCAGAGGAGACGGUCUCCGCACAGGAGAGCGCGUUUGACCAAGUCUGGGACAACAUCCAGGAGACUUAUGCGGACAACAUGCUAAGCAACGACGAGUUCCAGGCGCAAUGGGAGAAAGAUUUCGAAAAGUACGCACAGACAAGGCUGAACUACGGCGAGUACACUUUUGAGGAGAAUAAUCAGUUCCGUAACAAUCUGGACGCCUACGAGAUUGGCAUCAAGCUGAUGGAAAGCGGUGCGAAGCUCAGUGAGGCAGCGCUGGCAUUUGAGGCUGCCGUGGAGCAGAAUCCCGGCCAUGUCGAUGCCUGGCUGCGUCUGGGCCAGGUCCAGACCCAGAACGAGAAAGAACUUGCUGGAAUAGCAGCGUUGGAGAAGUGUUUGGAACUGUCGCCUCAGAAUCUUGUUGCACUUAUGACUCUGGCAAUUUCGUACAUUAACGAAGGGUACGACAACGCAGCGUUUGCUACGCUGGAGAGAUGGAUCGAAACCAAAUACCCGGAGGUUGCCGAGCGUGCCCGAAAUGCGAACCCAGACAUCCAGGCGGACGACCGGUUCUCGCUCAACAAGCGUGUGACACAGUUAUUUAUCAAAGCAGCACAGCUGUCUCCCGAAGGAGCAAACAUGGACUCUGAGGUGCAGACGGGGCUUGGAGUGCUGUUCUACUCGAUGGAGGAGUACAGCAAGACGUUGGAUUGUUUCCAGGCGGCGAUCGAACACAAUCCAAACGACGCCCUGGCGUGGAAUCGUCUGGGUGCGUCGCUUGCCAACUCGAACAAGCCCGAGCAGGCAAUUGAGGCGUACUCGCGCGCUUUGCAGCUGAACCCCAACUUUGUGAGAGCAAGAUACAACUUGGGUGUUUCUUUCAUCAACAUGGGAAUGUAUCGCGACGCCGUGGAUCACCUACUCACUGGACUGAGCAUGCACGAGGUGGAGUCGUUGGAUGGGUCUUCUUCUGUAGCCCGUAGCAAUCAGUCCACGAGCUUGAUCGAAACUUUAAAGCGCGCCUUUCUAGCAAUGGACCGGCGUGACCUGAUUGACAAGGUUAAGCCUGGCCUGAAUGUGGAGUCGUUCCGAAAAACCUACGACAUAUAACUUAAUGAAUUACGAAG